AUGAAUACAAAAUUUAAGAUUUUGUGUCUUCACGGGUAUCGUCAGAAUGCUGUGAAGUUCAAAAGUCAAACGGGGGCAUUGAGAAAAAAUUUAAGGCAUGAAGCAGAAUUUUUCUUCUUAUCAGCACCUCAUAGAAUUCCAGGUUUUGAAUCAGGAGGAGAAGGAGACGAUUACGAUCAAAGAGCAUGGUGGUUUACUAAAGAAAAUAGUUUUAGUUCGAGAGAUGUAACAGAUUUGGAUAAAGGUCUUGAAGAAAGUUUAGAUUUAGUCAAAAAAUAUUUCGAUGAAAAUGGUCCAUUCGAUGCUUUAUUAGGUUUUUCUCAAGGUUUUAAAUCCAGGUGCACAUUGCAUUCUCAUUAUUACGAUGAAAAAAUUCAUAUCAACAGUCUUCAUGUUAUCGGAGAAACAGAUGAAAUUAUUAGCAAUGACAUGAGUUAUGAUUUAGCAAAUGUGGACAUUAUGUGGCAGGGAAAAGUAAUUUAA